GUUGUUUUAGCAGCGAGUCAGAGAGAGAGAAAGAGAGAGAGAGAGAGAGAGAGAGAGAAAGAGCGAAACUUGGGUUAGUGUUGGGAGUGAGGCUAAAGCUCAGAAGAAACGCCACAAGUAAAGCCCAACGAAGGUGAGGGUGUUGCUCUCUUCGUAGUCAUCUGGAGAUCAGAGGCAUAUGAACUCUACCAUUCCAGAGGGACUACAUGAAGAAGUUGACCAACAGAUUCAUUGGUAGUUAGAUAAAGUAAUGUGCUUUCAGCUACUUUUUGGGUUUAUCACGAAAACAUGUUGGUGGAAAGUUCGUUCAGCUCUUCUGUUGAAACUAGUCUACUGAACGUAUCCGAGUAUCAAGACCCAUUUGCUGCAUAUGAUUGGGCGUCGCUUGCUGAAACUUAUCAGAUGAUCCACAAAGUUCCCGGACAGUCUCAAGUAAGCUUUCUUAAAGCUGUUCCAGUCACUGAUGCAAUGAAUCUUGAUGAAUCAAAACAUCCAAAACAUCAAGUUAGUUGUCCAGAGACAUCUGUUAGGCACAAGGUAUCGGAAAAGGCCCUGACUUCUCUUGUGUAUCGUCGAAGGAAGAGGAGCUUAAAACCUGGGGGAUCUGCGGAACCUAACCUAGGGAAAAACAGGAAACAGGAUGGUUCUCUUGAUGACUCUAUCCUUGUCUCUUUACAUAACCCUGAAGAGAGCACAAAAAGGAAAGAUCGCUUCAAUAACUGUCUUGUCUAUAGCCGGAAAAAAAGGAAAGGGAAAUCCAGUUGUACUUCUACUGGAGAAACUACGAUAAGGGGUGAUGGGCGUGAUGAUGCUUUUGUCUCUGAGCAUAGCUGUGGAGAAACCAGGAGAAGAGGCAAUCGAUCAGAUAAUUGUCUUGUGUAUAGCAGAAAAAAAGGUAGAGUGAAAUUUAAUAGUUGUAGUUUUAGCUCACAUGUCACUGGAGGAACCAAGAUAAGCUGUGAUCAAGCUGACUCUUCUGCGUGGAGCCAAAGGGGACAGAUUGCUAAAGCUGAUAGUGCGUUUACUGGACUUAACCCUGGAGAAAUCAAGCAAAGUGGUCAUCAACCUGUUUACAGCCAGAGCACGCAGUUAGUGAAAUCUAAUGGUAUUUUGACUGAAAGUCAUAUUAGGAAAACCAAGAGAAAUGGAGAUACAUCUGAUGUCUUGCUUAUGUAUAGCCGGAGGAAGCGGAGAGAGAAAUCUAUUGGUGUCCGGGUUAAUGGCUUUCUAGUUUAUACCCGGAAAAAGUUCAAAUUCAGAGGACCUUUUGCUAGACCUAACCCAAGCGAAACCAAUAAAAAUGGUAAUCAACUUUCUAUUGCCAGUUCUCUAGAACUUGUAGACGAUAGCCAAGUUACCAAAGUGAGAUGUGCUUCUGAUGGAACAAAUGUCAACUGUUCUUCAUUGAAAUCCAGUUCUGAACUUGAUUCAAGUUCCAGUCAAACUGGGGAAGAUGAUUGCUAUUCCUCUGAUGCUGGGGUGUCUGAGACAGAUACAGACAGUAGCAGCAGUCCUUUCAGGCAGUGUAAACAUUGUGAUGAGCCAGGAACUGUUGAAAAAAUGCUAAUUUGUGAUGAAUGUGAAGAAGCAUAUCAUACACGCUGCUGUGGUGUUCGAAGGAAAGAAGUUGCAAAGAUAGAUGACUGGCUUUGUCCAUCCUGUUUGAAAAAUAAGCGAUCAAAGACCAAGAUUAAGGGAAGAAUUUCACGGGAACGGAAAUGGAGAGUUACAGUACCAUUUGUAAUAGGAAUUCGAAUAGGAAAAGAGUUUCAAGCAGAUGUUCCAGACUGGUCAGGUCCAACAAUGAGUGAUACUUCUUUUGUUGGUGAACCCUUGGAGAUUGAUGAGUCAGAAUACAUGCAUGAUCUCAAGAAGGCCAAGAAUAGUAAGAAACAAUGUUCUGCAGUAAAUUGGCUUCAGUGCAGGGAGGAAAAUAGUAAUGGAAAUAUUUGCGGAAAGUGGCGUAGGGCCCCUCGUUCAGAGGUACAAACCAAAGACUGGGAAUGCUUCUGCUGCGUCUUCUGGGAUCCAUCACGUGCUGACUGUGCCGUCUCUCAGGAACUGGAGACGAGUGAGGUCCUUAAACAACUCAAGUACAUCAAGAUGCUUAGACCUCGUUCAGAUGCCAAAAAGCGAAAGAUAGGAUCGAAGGGUCGAAAUAAAUCACGUAACAAAGGAAAAUCUUGAUGGACGCAAUCAAAUGGAUAUGCUUUUGGAUUAGACACCGUAGAAACUAGAAAGGUAAAAUCAGAAUUUUUUUGUGAAGCGCCACUGAGUUUUGUACCACUGGCAAAAUUUGAGGAUGUCAAGUUUCUUAUAAAAGAUUAAUUAGGUUCAGAUCUUUUUUGUUAGCUCCCAACACAGGGGUAGUGAAUAGAACGCUUGUAUUUUGGAAACAGGUUCUUGUUUAAUCUGGAACUAAUCUUGAAUGCAACAAAAUUGGCUUGUGAGUCGAAGCAUUCUGCUGA